AUGGCGGCCCCGCCCCCCUGGCUGUCACGGGGCAGCCGCCUCUCCUCCCGCUGCCGGGGCCACAUCCACGCAGUCUGCGCACCGCUGGCUUCGCUGUCCCCACGCAGGGUCCCAGGGAAAGCCAUGGAGACUUCAGGACCCUCUUCCCAGGCUGAAGAGAGCAGCGGAGGAUUCCACGGAGGAGACAGUGCCGAUGAGGACCGAGUCCCCAGAGGUCCCAGGAAACGACGGCAGAGCCCGGGGGCCGCGCGCCUCGCCGGGAGCCACGCCGCGGGUACCGAACAUGGGGUGCUUGAUGGGGUACGGGAUGAGCUGCAGGUCUAUGGAGGUGCUGCGGGCGCCGAGGGAGAGAUGGUGCUGUCUGGGGAACCGGAACUCCAGAGAAGAGGCUCGGCGUCGGACGGCGGGGAAGUGGAGGCCUCAGAGUUCCUCCGAAGACAGAACAUAAAGAAAGAUGACGAGUUCUUCCACUUCGUCCUCCUCUGCUUCGGCAUCGGGGCCCUGCUGGUGUGCUAUCACUACUAUGCAGACUGGUUCAUGUCCCUCGGUGUCGGCCUGCUCACCUUCGCCUCCCUGGAGACGGUCGGCAUCUACUUCGGGCUGGUGUACCGGAUCCACAGCGUGCUGCAAGGCUUCGUCCCCCUCCUUCAGAAGCUCAGGCUGCUGGGGGUCAGGAGGACGGACUGAGGCCUCUGCCGGGCCCCAGCCUGACCACGGCUGCACCCCUGAGCCCGGAGGACAGAGCGCCAUGUUGGGAGCCCCCCGGGAGGCCAACCCAGGACAAGCCACAGAGCUGUUGUCCUCCUGUGGGCUCUGGCUGGGCACCAGCGGGGCAGGGCAUCGCCUGGCAGGUGCGAUGCAAUCCAGCUGUCAGGACAGAAGGCCCAGAGCCCGUCACGGCGUCUGGAAAACAGGAAGACUCUUGGAUGCCACUGCUCCCCGGCCCUGCGGGCUGCCAUCUGGCCCUGCUCCUGGUUCCUGACCAGGCCGGAUGAGCUACCAGGGCUUGCACGGCCGUCCUGGGCCAGAGAGCCGCCAGGCUGGAGCCCCAGGUGGACCAGGUGCAGACACGAUGUCGGGACUGUCACCCAGUGUCCGCCCUGUUGUCCUGGACUCCAAUACGGCUCAA